AUGAGAGUAGAUUUUUGUAAUUUGAAUCUGAAGGUUAAAUUUAGUCUCCUGUUUUAAUAUCCCAUAAACGAAUUGACUAAUCACCGCUACCUGAAGCCAAAGUAGUUCCCUCUAAUUUUGUUUUUUAUUGUCCUGUUUUAAUAUCCCAUAAACGGAUUGACUUAUCACCACUACCUGAAGCUAAAGUAGUUCCAUCUGGUGAAAAACAUGCUGAUGACACCCAUUCACGAUGACCAUCUAAUUUGGCUUUUUAUUAUCCUGUUUUAACAUCCCAAAAACGGAUUGAGUUAUCACCACUACUAGAAGUUAACGUAGUUAUAACUCACAAUCCUUUGUCUUAAUCUUAACAUAAAUAUUAGGAAUUUUUUUAUUUACUUAAUUUAAAAGCAAUAGAAAUUAAAUAUAGAUUAAAAUUCUUAUGGAAGCGCUAUUGUAUACAGUAUUGCUCUUUUAAGUUCGUUUUUAUAACUCUAUCUCUUCUUAAGGUUGUUAAAGUUCUUUCUUUUAUGA